GUGGCUAGCCAAGCUGGCCGAGCGAUGUGACUGGCGCGUUUCCGGGGAGCACGCAGCCAGCCACAGACAGCCGCCACAGCUCGAGUGUUUUGGCGCCGAAGUGUAGCGGCCUUGAUGGAGCGUGAGAAGACACGACCUUCGCGUAACUCUUUCCAGGCAGGCUACAUGUGAACCCGCGCAAACAUGAAGCUCGUAGAACAAACUGUCAAGAGCUUCCGCGUUGCCAAAGUGUUCAGAGAAAAUACAGACCGCAUUAACAGCAUUGACUUUUCGCCCAAUGGAGAGACGCUCAUCUCCAGUUCGGACGAUGACUCCAUCGUGAUAUACGAUUGUGAGAAAGGAACGCACAAGCGGACGCUGAACAGCAAGAAGUAUGGCGUGGACCUCAUUCAUUACACCCACGCAACAAAUACAGCCAUCCACAGUUCCACAAAGGUGGACGACACAAUCAGGUACCUGUCCCUGCAUGACAACAAGUACAUUCGCUACUUCCCAGGCCACACCAAAAAGGUGGUGACUCUUUGCACGUCACCUGUGGAUGACCUGUUCCUGUCAGGUUCCCUGGACAAGUCACUCCGGCUAUGGGACCUGCGCUCACCAAACUGCCAGGGGGUGAUGCACCUGACUGGUCGUCCCGUGGGCAACUUUGACCCCGAGGGCCUCAUCUUUGCGGUGGGCCUCAACUCUGAGCUGGUGAAGCUCUACGACCUGCGCACCUUUGACAAGGGUCCCUUCAACACGUUCAAGCUUCCGCAGGACCGGGACUGCGACUGGACGGGGCUCAAGUUCAGUCCCGACGGCAAGAGCAUCCUCAUCUCGACCAACGGGGCCCUCAUCCACCUCAUCGAUGCCUUCCAGGGGACGCCACAGCAGACCUUCACGGGCCACAUGAACAACAAGGGCAUCCCCCUAGAGGCAUCCUUCAGUCCGGACUCGCAGUUCGUGUUCAGCGGUUCGACGGACGGCCGGGUGCACGUGUGGAGCACGGCGGAAGGAGGCACGCGCACCGCAGUGCUUAGUUGCGACCACACGGGGCCUGUCCACUGCGUCCAGUUCAACCCCAAGUACAUGAUGCUGGUCUCUGCCUGCACGAAUAUGGUGAGCACCUCCCACAAUGUGUGUGGCCACAGUACUUGUCUCAGAGGCUCACAGAGUGUGUUCUACUCUUCCCUGAGGCAUUUAGUUGGUGUGUAAGAGGUGGAGAGAAAG